AUGACUUCUCUGCAAAGCUCUUCUAUACAAAAAAUUAAGCUUUUGCUUCAGCUGGAAGAGGAAGAGGCCACUGACGAUUAUGCGCAAGGGGAAUUGCUGCUUGAGUUGCAUCGACAAAGUCGUAUCCGGCCUCGAAGUUGUUGGAUUCGGUCUUGGAUCUGCAGGAGGAAUGAGCAGGGCCAUUUCAACCAGCUGAUGAGGGAACUAGAAGCUGAAGACCAAGAAGCAUUCGCAAACUAUUUGAGAAUAAGUCCUGCAAUGUUCAGUGAGUUAGAACAAAGACUCCAUGGGAGACUGGAGAAGCAGGACACCUUCUUCAGGGAAGCUCUUUCACCUGCACUAAAGCUAGCCGUCACCCUUAGACACUUGGCCACUGGGGACAGUUACAAAACGCUCAUGUAUAGUUUCAGGGUAGCCGAUAACACAAUUUCACUCAUAGUCCGUGAAGUGUGCUCUGCCAUCAUCGAGGAGUUCUCAGACGAGCUUGUUAGGUGCCCCACCAGUCCUCAAGAAUGGAAAACGGUUGCACAGGGCUUCGAAGAUCGGUGGAACGCUCCUCACACCAUUGGAGCCUUGGACGGCAAACAUAUUGCCAUCCGAUGUCCCGCUGAUAGUGGCUCCAUCUUUUACAACUACAAGGGCUUUUAUUCGCUAGUUAUGAUGGCCUUAGUUGAUGCCCAGUACAGGUUCCUGUGGAUCGAUGUGGGAGCUGAGGGAUCUACGUCAGAUGCGCAGCUUUUUAACUCUUGCGAACUAAGGCAACGCCUAGAAUCGGACACCCUUGGAGUACCCCCUCCAGAGCCCCUGCCAAAUGACGACGAGAACACCCCUUACUACAUCGUGGCAGACGAGGCAUUCCCGUUGAGAACAUGGCUGAUGAAGCCAUAUGCUAGAACAGCUAUGGCUAGAGAAGAGAGAGUUUUUAACUACAGGCUCUCUCGGGCUAGGAGAGUGGUCGAGAACGCUUUCGGAAUUCUCGCCAAUCGAUUCCAGUGCCUGCUUUCCACUCUCCGCCAAACCCCUGCGACUGUCAGAUUAAUCGUUCAAGCAUGUGUAUGCCUCCACAACCUGAUGAGAUCUCGAUACCCAUCCAUUCAAAAUCCAGCCCUUGACAUGGAGGAUGCCGAGCACAACCUAGUGCCCGGUUCAUGGAGAGGAGAGCAAACACUGGCUGACAUAAGACAACCAACUAGAGGUCGCCCGAUCACCCAGGCAGCUCAGGCCCAAAGGAAUUACAUCAAGGCCUACUACAACAGCCCUGCUGGUUCUGUUCCCUGGCAGGAGUCAAAGAUUUGA